AUGUCAAGAGCAAUUGUUAUAGGAGGAACAGGAGCAACUGGUAAAGAAUUAAUUAAAGAAUUGAUUAAAUCAUCAAAGAUUUCACAUAUUACAUCAUUGGUUAGAAAAAAAGAUGAAUCUGUUGAAAGUGAUAAACUAGAACAAGUUGUCAUUGAUUUUGAAAAGAUGUCUGAUCAUCAAGAAUGUUUUAAUGGUUGUAAUGUUGGUUUUUGUUGUCUUGGUACAACAGCCAAAAUAGCUGGUUCUAAUGCAAACUUUGAACAUAUUGAAUUAGGAUAUUCAUCACAAUUUAGUAAAAUGGCAAAACAAGGAAAUGUUGAAUCGAUGCAUGUACUUACAUCUAUUGGAACCAAUGCCAAUAGUUGGUUCACAUAUCCCCGAGUAAAGGGACAAAUUGAAGAAGCCAUGAAAAACGAUAAAUUCAAUCAUUGUUCUGCAUAUCGCCCAGGAUUGUUGGAUCGUGGUAAAACAGAUCGUAUAUUUGAAAAAAUAUUGCUUCCUCUUUUACCAAGUAUCCCUGUUAAUACAGUUGCCAAGGGAAUGUUAUCCAAUUAUUUAAGCGAAUUUGAAAACCCCCCUCCCAUUCAUUCAUUUAAGGUUUUUGGUCAUCGUGAUUUAUUCAAUCUUGCCAAACAACUUUAA